AUGGUGAGCGUGCCGAGUCUGGCCAGAGCAGCAAGGACCACUCCCACCAAGGCGAUGGGAACCUUAUUUAUGAUCAGUCUCAAGACCGGACAGUUUCGAGGUGAUGACAUUGCCUUUCGUUUCAAGCCCUGCAUUGGUCAGAGAGUGGUCCUGAACAGCUUCAGGAAUCUUAAAUGGGAGAGUGAGGAAUCAGCCUCAGACAAACCGUUCACAAAAGGAGCACCCUUCACCAUCAUUUAUGUGAUUAAACCUGAGGGCUAUGAGGUAUAUGUCAAUAAAUUGAAACUCUGCAUGUUCAAGCACCGCAUACCCUUGGAGAAAGUCACUACACUUGACCUUGAUGGUGAUGUCACUUUUAACAUGCUCGGUGUGAUUGAAAACUGGAGCACUUCUUCUUUCUUCAAGGAAUACGAGACCACCACAAGCGCUGAGAUUUCUCAUCCAGUCAGCAACCCUAAAAUUCCCUAUAUGGGUGCAAUCUCCGGUGGGAUAAGACCAGGAAUGGCUUUAUAUUUCCAAGGGACUGUUCCACAAAAGGCUGAUAAGUUUAGCAUCAAUCUCAAGACAGGACAGGCUCCAGGUGAUGACACUGCCUUUCAUUUCAACCCCCGCAUCGGUGACAGAGUGGCCCUGAACAGCUUCAGUAAUGGUAGAUGGGAGAGUGAGGAAACUGCUUCAGACAAACCGUUCACAAAAGGAAAACCCUUCACCAUGUUUUAUGUGAUUAAACCUGAGGGCUAUGAGGUAUAUGUAAAUGGUUUUCAACACUGCCUGUUCAAGCACCGCAUACCCUUGGAGAAAGUGUCUGCACUUGGCCUUGAAGGUGAUGUCACUAUUAACAUCCUCGGUGUGAUUGAAAACUGGAAAAAAGAAUUGCACAUUUCCCAGUAG